UCUGCUUCUUCUCUUGCAGUAUCGCCGCAACGGUAUUCGGGUACGCCGGUUUGUGCCGUCGCGACACCCUUUCACGCUACAAUUUCACCUUUCUACAAUGGCCUAUUUACCGCCGUUUUGCUUCAUUUCCUCAUUGUCCUCUUCUCGAUGCUAUCAUCGAUCUUGACCUUCAUCCUCUCCAUCGACUUCGCUGCCCGCGCAAUUCCAAUGUGACAUUUAUCCUUGUCAUUAGGAAGUUCGUUAUUUUGGAGAUAAGAAUUUUCUCACAAUUUUCACGAGCAAUUUCGAUCAGUUUUGAUCCGCGAGAUUGUGACUUCUCUAUCGUGGACCAGAAAGAUCUGCUACUUGUGGGACAUCGGACAUUCGGAAGCAGAAGAAUUAAACUGCAACAAGAUCAAAUAAGAAUGGCGUUAACGUUUUGGGAGAAGAUACUAUUGGUAAUAAUAGCGCUCAUCAGCUUGAGAAUCUUUAUAAAAGCCUCUCUUCUAACAUGGAGAAAGUUGAUUGCUCCGAGUCUUGGUUUCGGGAUUGAUUUACGAACUCAAGGAAAAUGGGCGGUGGUUACCGGUGCGACCGACGGGCUUGGAAAAGCGUUCGCCAAAGCCCUUGCCGAAAAGGGUCUGGACAUUGUCCUGGUGUCGCGAUCCAUGUCCAAGCUGAAAGACGUGGCUGCCGAAAUCAAGCAGAAAUACGGGGUUGAAACUCGCGUCGUGGAAGCUGAUUUGACAGAGGGACAAACAGUUUAUGCCGAAAUCGCCAAAGUGACGGAGGAUUUGGAGGUGGGAGUCCUCGUUAACAACGCUGGUACCAGUUAUGAUCAUCCCGAGUUGUUUACAAACGUGUCGGAGGAAGUUCUCGCCAAAAUACUGCAAUUAAACGUGGCCGGCGUAACAGGGGUCGCGAGGGCAUUGUUACCCGGCAUGAUGAAGCGAAAAAAGGGAGUGGUGAUAAACGUCAGUUCAAUGGCUGCCGCUAUACCGAGUCCUUAUUUGUCGGUUUACGCCGCUAGUAAAGCGUACAUCAACAAACUUAGCGCUGAUCUAGCAGCAGAGGCGGGGCCAAGAGGUAUCACCGUCCAGUGCGUUCUUCCUGGACCUGUUGCUACCAAAAUGUCAAGAAUAAAACGAUCAACAUGGAUGGCGCCAACUCCGGAGAAAUUCGUUGAGGCGUCGUUGAAAACAGUCGGCAUAGAGUCGCACACGACUGGCUAUCCACCUCAUUCCCUGAUGGUCGGAUUCGUAAACGCCCUUCGUUAUUUGUGCGAAGCGGGCGCGGUGUGGCUAGUGACAAAGACAAUGCUUAACAUAAGAGGUCGUGCCCUUCGGCACAAGGCGAAAGCAAAAGCGAAGGCUCAAGAAGUAUCGCAGCGCGAUGUUAUCAGUACAGAUUAAUUAUCAAAUAAAAGUGUGCGUUAUAACCGUUAUAAUAACGACAUUUUUUAGGCUUUGCUCGUUCAGAUAACACAAUCUCCUCCAAGGGACGUCUUGAGCAUGUCCUCCGGACAUCUGGAUGUUCUAUGGAUGUCCUUUGAAGGUCUAUGUUUCCCAGACAAUUGUACUUUUCGAGAACAAUUUAAUUAAUGUUUUACACUACGCAUGUGUGAUGCGAUUUAUUACAACGAAUAAAAUUAUUUCAGUUAAUAAUUAGUUUUGAUACACACACACAUACACACACACACACACACAAAGUAAAUGAUAUGUGAUAUAAAAAAUACGAUUCUUCAAUAUUACUUUUUUAAUUAUUGAAUGAAGAGAAUAACGUAGGAAGAUACUUCAAGAAAUAAAACCGUCGUCAAUCAACAGUACUAAAAAGAUCUUAAAGUCAAACCACAUACUGAGAUUGAAGAAUGUGAAUUAGAAGAGAUCAGAAUUUGACGAAAUUAGUUCGGAUUUUAGUUCGUUUUGUCUCAAUCAAAUUUCAAAGUAGUCAUUCACAGUUCUAAAUCUCUAAUAUUUAUUUUAAUUCUAUAAUCUACGUUACAAGCAGUCACAAGUUUUUACUGAUAAAUCAAAAUCAUAUUCAACAAUAGGGCAAAAGAAUCUUUGAAAUAAUUAAAAAACAGCUUCAUGACAAGAAAAACUUUCCACUUUCGAAUCUACUUUCGAAUGGUGCUUCAUUUUAUUUGUAUGUUCAGUAAUGAGGAAAAAUGAUUUAUUUGCUAAUAAUUUAUAUUUCAUAGAAUCAUGGAUAAGAAGACGUUACAAGAAGUUUCAAGAAGCCCCAAGAAGUUCCAUGUUACAAUUACAAAGAACUAUUGUUCGGUCAACAUUAUGAAUCUGUACAUGUAUGUGUGUGUACGCACGUGUGUAUGUGUAUGUUUUUGUAUGUAAGGAUACAGGAAAAUAUACUAAUAUUAAAAACAA